AGUAUUACCUUGUGAUCUGAUGUAGUAGCGCGAGAGAGAGCGUACCAAGUUGCGUAGAGGGUGCAUGGAUGCUUGGGGACAAAGUCGUCUUCCAUGGUCGUCGAUGCUCAGCCUUCGCUGUUGCGAAACGCAGCUACCUACGUCACACACCCGCGCGAACUAAGACCGGCGACGAAUCUACAAACACGAGCCCGAGACUGGACGCGAGACACCUAUUUCGUCCUCCACGCCACCCACCGCGUGAAUUGGGCGCACCAUAUACAUGUUUUCCGCUAUGCGCGCCAACACGACGCAGAAAGCCUACGACGAGGCCUUCCUAGCCUGCUCAACGGCAGUCUACUUUGAGGGACAGAGCAACGAGAAAGAAGCGCUGCGAUCAUGGAAAACCGCCCUUGACCAUAUCUACUACCACAACUCCCGUCGCAACCCUUCGACCUACCGCCCUGCGUCCGAAACAGAGAGAGCACUGAUCGAAUCGCUGCGUCAGUUGGAGCUGCAAUGUAAAGAGCGCGUGGAUCUCUUGGAAGCGCUGAAGAAGAGCCGGGAGGAGUCGAAAGAGAGCCUUGCCUCGCUGUCGUCAGACAACGAUGCACCCACACCACCACCCCACGGCGUGCCUUUAUCGCAAAUCGAUUCAAGCGCAUCUACAUCAUGGCUCGGAGCCGGAUCUAUACCACCCAUAGAGUACACAGAUCUCUCAAGGCCGCCAGCAUUGCCAUACCGUCCGGCGAUGGCGCCACGGAAGAGCUCCGGCACUGGCUCCAUACGGGAUAAUAGCUUGACGCAGACUCGGAGCGCAUCGACGCUAUCUCCAGGACCAGUGGGAGAGGAGAAGACGCGCACACCAUCCCCGGAGAAGAGUGGCAGAAUGCUACGGACACUGAGACCCGGGAGGGAGAGCAAGUCAUCCUCAGCGAAGUUGCCCAACACGUUGAGAACUCGCCCGGAUGCUUCAAAAGCGGCUACCCAAGCAUGGAGUGUUAAAGCCAUGCCAUCCUCCAGUCGGCCAACUUUAGGGGCCCCGACCCCGUCGACCAGUUCUCUUACACCUUCCGCUCGCUCGUCCAUCGAGAAGCCGGCUGCUGAGAGACCAAAUGCUUAUUUCCCGAAACCCGAAGCACAACCGGCCCCUGCACAAGCACCCUUCUACUUUAGAGCUGGCGAAGGGUCAGCGUCAACUGCAUAUGCGGUGCCACCUUCUGGUGGUGGAACUGACCCGGGACUGGUAAAACCUGCUGCACACGAGCGAAUAGCGCCAGCAAUACCCCGGAAGUCUGUGGGAUUGAGUCGUAUGAACAACGCGCAAGGACCCAGUACAACAUUACCAUCGUACCGGAAGGAGUACCCUAAGCCUACACCGGACCCUCGAUCUCUUGCUGCGUCUGCUGCAGCCCAUUCGUACGGCGACAAUGGUGGCGAGCGAGGUGGAGUCAUGUGGGAUCCCACGACAAGGAGACUAGUACCGAAACCCAAGAGCAACGAAACACAAGCGCGAAGUAGUUCAGAGCAGGAGGAUUCACCUGAGUCUAUACCACUGGAAGAAGACGGAGAGUUGCUUAAGCAGAGGCCAUCUCCAGUGCGGAAGGGCAGGGCUAGAGGCAAUUCGAUGCGUGCAGAACUACCAGACACCCCAGGCGCGGAUAGUUCUGAGGUGGAAUUGGAGCCAGAAGAGACGGAUGCAUGGAAGCGCAAAACGGAUGAGAUUAUGAAGAAUUUACCACGGGGCGUCGAUAAGCAAGCAGCACAGCAGAUAUUAAACGAGAUCGUGAUACAGGGAGACGAGGUACACUGGAGCGACGUAUCAGGACUUGAAGUUGCGAAAUCCGCCCUGAAGGAGACGGUAGUGUACCCGUUCUUGAGACCUGACUUAUUUAUGGGUCUGCGAGAACCUGCACGCGGCAUGCUCUUGUUCGGACCCCCUGGAACUGGAAAGACGAUGUUAGCCAGGGCCGUUGCUACAGAGUCAAAGUCUACCUUCUUCGCUAUAUCAGCUAGUAGUCUGACGUCGAAGUUUCUAGGCGAGUCAGAAAAGCUUGUUCGUGCACUUUUCCAGCUUGCAAAGAUGCUUGCGCCAUCGAUCAUCUUCGUCGACGAGAUCGACUCACUCCUCUCGUCGCGUUCGGGAUCCGGCGAGCACGAAGCGUCGCGACGCAUCAAAACCGAGUUCCUCAUUCAGUGGUCCGAUCUGCAAAAGGCAGCGGCCGGGAGCGCGGUCACUGACAAGGACAAAGAGAGAGGCGAUGCAACUAGGGUUCUCGUCCUCGCAGCAACGAACUUGCCAUGGGCGAUCGAUGAAGCAGCAAGACGAAGAUUCGUGAGAAGGCAAUAUAUCCCACUGCCCGAAGAUUGGGUCCGGAAGCAACAAGUCCAGACGCUAUUGAGCCACCAGAAACACGAGCUGAGUGACCGCGAUCUAGAUCGUUUGGUCAAGCUCACUGAGGGUUUCUCUGGUUCCGAUAUAACAGCGCUCGCGAAAGACGCUGCAAUGGGCCCUUUGCGCUCACUGGGUGAGAAGUUACUUUCCAUGACGAUGGAACAAAUACGACCGAUACAAUACCAGGACUUUGUAGCUAGCUUGCAGACUAUUAGACCGUCUGUAAGCAAGCAAGGACUGAAGGAAUUCGAGGAUUGGGCUACACAGUUUGGUGAACGUGGAGGCUGAAACACCAAUGAAAGGGCUGGCACUACGCCUGCAGUAACGAGUCAAGUAUUUACACGAGUGUAUGCAUGGUUUCAGUGUCAACGUUAUUUGCUUCAAUUCCUCGUAAGCAUGCACAUCCCACCUGCCUAGG